CAAACGCCUCCGCUUAUCAGUUCGUUCCAGAGACAUGGUCGCGAAAUCGGGUAUAAAUCCAGGCAAAACUGCUAAAUUCUUGUACAAUUUACAUAUUUAUGAUAGACUAACUGGCUUUCAUCUUAGUGGUGAUAGAGUGAACACGCAGAAAAAAAUGAGCAGCAGACUUUUCCAAUACUUAACGCAGCCAGCUCAUGGAGUUGAAACCAAGAAAAAUGCAGCGUAUACCUGCACCGUAGCCGCAAAACAACUCAAGGACAAAAAAAGUGCCGAUCAUAGAUUGGAGAGCGGUUUACCUCAGCAAACGAGCAUCAUCAUGGAGAAAGACAGGCUAGGCCAGUGGGGAAAUGGGGACAAUCUGAUUCCUGGACAAGAAAGCGGACUGGAUCGGUUAAAGAAUCCUGGAUUAAAUAAGGGUCUUGCAUUUAGCUUCGAAGAACGUCAAGCUCUCGGUAUACACGGGCUGUUACCCCCUAAAGUUAAAACUCAAGAAGAGCAGGUGGAACAUUGCAAAAUUUGCUUGGAUAGGCUAGAUGAUCCUCUUAAUAAAUACAUGUUUCUAAGUGGAUUAUUGGAUCGUAACGAAAAGCUAUUCUACAAAUUUGCAAGAGAACACGUUCACGAUAUUAUGCCAAUAGUGUACACGCCUAUCGUUGGUCUCGCUUGUCAAAACUUUGGUUUAAUCUUUAAAAGACCUAGAGGAUUGUUCCUAACGAUUUACGAUAAAGGUCACAUUUACGAAGUAAUGAAAAACUGGCCUUCCACAGAUGUAAGAGUAAUCGUAGUGACAGACGGAGAACGAAUCUUAGGCCUAGGAGAUUUAGGUGCUUGUGGAAUGGGAAUACCCAUUGGAAAACUUUCCCUAUACACAGCAUUAGCUGGUAUCAAACCCCAUCAAUGCCUACCGAUCACUAUUGAUGUUGGUACCAAUAAUGAGCAAUUUUUAAACGAUCCUUUGUACAUUGGUUUGAAGCAAGAGCGAGUACGUGGAAAAGAAUAUGAUGAUCUCAUUGAUGAAUUUAUGCAAGCCGUCGUGCAACGUUACGGUCAGAAUUGCCUCAUUCAAUUUGAGGACUUUGGGAACUCAAAUGCUUUCCGCUUACUGGAAAAAUACAGGCGCUCUUAUUGUACAUUCAACGAUGAUAUACAGGGUACUGCCAGUGUAGCAGUAGCAGGAUUACUAGCAUCGCUGCGUAUAACUAAGAAAAAACUGAGCGACAAUGUUCUGGUAUUCCAAGGAGCUGGCGAAGCGAAUUUAGGAAUUGCACAACUAUGUGUUAUGGCCAUGCAAGCCGAAGGUACAAGUGAACAGGAUGCCCGUAGUAAAAUCUGGAUGGUUGACUCUAAAGGUCUGAUCGUUAAAGAUCGGCCAUCAGGCGGUAUUUCGGAGCAUAAAGCACCGUAUGCUCAAAACCACGCUCCAAUUGAAACUCUGACCGAUGUGGUCAAACAAGUGAAACCAUCAAUUUUAGUAGGGGCUGCAGCUAUUGGAGGUGCUUUUACUGAGGAAAUCCUAAUCGAAAUGUUGAAAAACAAUUCAAAACCUGUUAUUUUUGCAUUGAGUAACCCUACCCACAAGGCUGAAUGCACUGCCGAGGAAGCAUAUAAAGCGACAAAUGGAAGAUGUGUAUUUGCCAGUGGCAGUCCCUUCGCCCCAGUUGUUUUGAAUGGAAAGACUUAUGAGCCUGGACAAGGAAACAAUGCUUACAUAUUCCCGGGGGUAGGAUUAGGAGUAAUUUGUGCUGGUAUCAAAAACAUUGGGGAAGAACACUUUCUCAUGGCGGCCGAGGCUUUGGCCAGCAUGGUUACUGAAGAGGAUCUUGAUAAAGGAAGCAUAUACCCAUCAUUAUCCAGGGUUACAGAAUGCUCUGUGAAGAUUGCCAUACAAUUAUUGGAAUUCGCUUAUGCCAAAGGCAAUGCUUCUGUGUUUCCUGAACCAAAGGACAAAGAGGCAUUUGUUCGAGCUCAAAUGUACAACACGGAUUAUGUGCCAGCAAUUCCUAGUAUAUACGCUUAUCCCAAAUUAUAAAUCUAAUUUAAGGUGAAGGAGCAACUUUUUAACCAUCAUAUUGUAAAAAUUUUAAUAACUAUUAUAUGAUACAUUUUAAUAUGUUAGUCUUAGUCGCAAGUGUUCUAUCUAUUAAAUAUACUGAAUGUUGUGCAUAA